AUGGCCAACCCGCGAGCCAUUCGGUUCUUGAGAGAUAUGGCCAGAAGGUUAAAUCCUUCUUUUCUAUUCUUGUGUGAAACUAUGAUUUCUGGAGUCAGGAUUGAGGUUUUAAAAAAUACUAUGGGUUUUGAUUACUGCGUUGCUGUGGACAGUGUUGGUAAAAAGGGGGGUUUAGCUUUCUUUUGGAAAGCUGAAUAUGAUGUGGAGAUUUCUAGUUCUUGCGAUAACUACAUUGACUUACUGAUUAAGGGUGUGGAUGGUCAAUCAUGGAGACUUACAGGCUUUUACGGGUACCCGGAAAGAUGGAGAAGGAGGGACUCUUGGAAUUUAAUUCAUAACUUAAGCCAGGAAAACUCAGCUCCGUGGUGUGUUAUUGGAGAUUUCAAUGAUCUUCUGUCCCAUGAAGAAAAACGUGGGGGAGCUGCUCAUCCUAACUGGCUUGUGAAUGGGUUUCGUGAUACUAUCUUAGCUAGUGGUCUGUUGGAGAUGGAGGCCACCGGGUAUAAAUUCACUUGGUCAAGAGGACGAAAAGAUGCGGGUAAGGUUGAAGAGUUGCUUGAUAGAGCUUUUGUGACGAGUGACUGGAUUGACCUUUUUCCGGAGGCUAAGGUGGUGAAUCAGGAGAUGUCCACGUCGGACCAUCUGCCUGUUUUGCUGUAUCUUAACCGGUCUGAUGUGGGGGCUGUUAGUAAAAAAUUUAGAUUUAACAAUGUUUGGGUUACUAAAAAAGAUUGUGUGGAUGUCGUUUCUGAAGCUUGGAGAAGAACGGCUGAUGGUGAUCUUUGUUCAAAACUUAAAGAGACUGAAGUUAGCUUGAAAGGUUGGGGAGGAAGUUUGGGGCCAAAUUAUAAGCGAAAACUUGAGAUGUUAAGGAAAAAGCUGGCUGUAUGGCAGAGAAGGACAGACCAAUGGGGAAUGCAUGAAUUUAAUAGAUUAUCAAACGAGUAUCAUACUUUGUUGGGUGAAGAGGAGAUUUUCUGGAAACAAAGGGCAAAAAAUUUCUGGUUAUCGGAGGGAGACGCAAACACACGUUUUUUUCACAAUUUUGCUUCAACCAGAAAGCGUAAAAAUCGUGUAGAUAAGCUGAAGGAUGAUUUCGGUGUAUGGCAGAGUUCGAAGCAUGGAAUGGCAGAGAUUAUUUUGAGGUAUUUCAGCAAUCUAUUUACUGAUUCACAAACAGGAAAUAUUGAUUUUAUUGAUAUUUUGCCUCGAGUGUCUAAUGCGGAUAAUGUUGAUUUAAUGCGUCCUAUUUCUGAAUUGGAGGUUAGGAGGGCAGUUUAUAGUAUGCAUAAUGAUAAAUCGCCGGGUCCAGACGGUUUUAACCCGGCAUUUUAUAAGUCGUACUGGAAUGUGGUAGGAGGUGAUAUAGUGAAACUUUGUAGAGAUUUCUUUGUUAGAGGGAGUUUCAGAGAGGGGUUAAAUGAUACUGAAAUUGUGUUAAUUCCUAAGAUCAGUAGGCCAGAAACUAUUACUGACUUUAGACCCAUUGCUCUUUGUAAUGUGGCUUACAAAAUUAUUGCUAAAGUAAUGGCGAAUAGGAUGAAAAAAUUGAUGCCUAAGAUUAUUUCUGAAAAUCAAAGUGCAUUUGUUGAAAAUAGAUUGAUUACAGAUAAUUUUCUUAUCGCUUUUGAAAUAGGUCACUAUUUGAGAUGUAAAAGGAGAGGUAAAAAUGGUUUAGCGGCUCUCAAGAUUGAUAUGAGCAAGGCAUACGAUAGGGUGAGAUGGGUUUUCGUUGAGUUUAUGUGUCGGAAGUUGGGUUUUUGUGAUGCAUGGAUUAGUUUGAUCAUGCACUGUAUUUCUUCCGUUAGAUAUACGGGUAUUGGUGAUUGUGUAGGUAUGAAUCCUAUUAUUCCGAGUAGGGGUUUGAGACAAGGAGACCCGCUUUCUCCUUAUUUAUUUAUUUUGUGUGCGGAAGGGCUUAGUCUUAUGCUAGCUCAAGCGGAGAGGGAAGGAAAAAUUCAUGGGGCGAUUAUUUGUAGAGGAGCUCCGCCUAUUAGUCAUUUAUUUUUUGCGGACGACUGUUUCCUAUUUUUUCGAGCUACUCCUUCGGAAAUGAAAGUGGUUAAGGAUGUCCUGGAUGAUUAUGAAAAUUGGUCAGGUCAAAAAGUGAAUUUUAAUAAGUCUAACAUUAUUUUUAGUCCUAAUGUACCUUCUGAUUACAGGGAGGAGAUUAGGUUGGUGAUGGGCAUUGUUGAGGUUGGUGACAGUGGCAAAUACUUGGGGCUCCCAUCAUUGGUGGGUAGAAAUAAAAGCCAUAUUUUCGGGUUCAUAAAAGAAAAGGUUUGGAAUAAAGUCAAAGGGUGGAAUUCCAAAUUUUUAUCUAGAGGAGGUAAGGAGGUGUUGAUAAAGACGGUAGCGCAAUCUAUGCCAAAUUACGUGAUGAACGUAUUUUUGAUUCCUCUUAGACUUUGCGAGGAGUUGGAAAGAAUGCUAAAUUCGUUUUGGUGGGGUAGAGACCAAGCGAAAAAAAAAGGGAUUAGUUGGGCGAGAUGGGACAAGCUUUGCGUUCCGAAGAAGUUUGGUGGUAUGGGGUUUAAGAAGAUACGUGAUUUUAACCUUGCUAUGUUAGCUAGGCAAGCGUGGCGUUUUAUAAGCGUAGAGAGUAAUUUGAUGGUUAAGGUUUUUAAGGCGAAAUAUUUCCCGAACUCAUCUUUUUUUGAUUCUAAAUUGGGUUCUAAUCCUAGCUAUGUGUGGCGUAGUAUAUUUGAGACAAAAAAAUUCAUGAAGAAAGGAGCUAGAGUUAGAAUUGGGAAUGGAAGUAAAACAGAUAUAUGGGGGAGUCCUUGGUUAAAUGGAGAUGUCGGUUAUGUUACUACUCCUAGGCCGGACAACUUGAUCAACGCCAAGGUGAGUAAUUUAUUGGACAUGGAUGGGCAGUCUUGGGAUGUGGGUUUGGUUAGAGACGUUUUUAAUGACAAUGAUGCGGAAAAUAUUCUCAGCAUUCCUAUUAGUUGCCGAAGGUUGGAAGAUGGGUGGCGAUGGAAUUUUGAGCCGAAAGGAAAUUUUUCGGUUAAAAGUUGUUAUAGAGUAAUUAAUGGAGAAUAUGGAGGAGAAGUUAAUCCGGUCUGGAAUAAAAUAUGGAGAUUAUCGGUUCCUCUUCACGUUCGUAAUUUCAUUUGGCGUGCUAGCUCGGGUUAUCUCCCGACUGCGAAAUCUUUGGCUACUCGGCAUGUCUUUAUUAAUGACCAGUGUGUGGUCUGUUCUGCAGGUGUUGAAUGUGAGUACCAUUUAUUUUAUAAGUGCUCCUUAGCCACUGCUUGUUGGUCGGGCUUGUCAGUUCCUAUGUUUGUGGAGAAUGGAAAUUUCUUGGCAUGGGUGAGUGAUUGGCUAGAGGGACCUGAUGUGGAGAAGCAAUCUUUAAUUGCUAUUAUUUGUUGGCUAUUGUGGCAAAAUAGGAAUAAUACCGUGUGGAAUAAGAAAGGAGGGACAUCAGAUACUAUUCUUAUUAAUGCAGGUAUUCAACUUUCUGCAUGGAAGGUGUCCAGAUCCCAGGUGGGUCAACUGAAGCGAGCCGAGUUGCAUGAGGAUGACGGACGUGUCCGGUGGUCUCCUCCGAAGAUAGGAUGGCUUAAGGUAAAUGUGGACGCAGCGGUUUUCUCCAGGAAUGAGGGCAUAGGAGUCGGCAUCGUCGUAAGGGAUUGGCGUGGGAGUCUAGUUCAAGCAAGACUAGUGAAGUUUCAUGGGAAUUAUUCUCCGAGAGUGGCAGAGGCAAUGGGCAUUCGUGAAGCUCUGAGUUGGCUAAAGGAUUCUAGCAAUAUUAUUAUAGAGUCAGAUGCUAUGGAGGUGAUUUUGGCUAUUCGAAAUCCGAGUCUUAUAGAGUCCGAUUUCCUUAUUGAUGAUUGUUUGAACUUAGCAAAGCAGUUAUGUAACGUUUCUUUUGUUUUCGUGAGACGAUCUGCGAAUCAGGCAGCGCAUUGUUUAGCGCAAAACGCCCGUUCCUUGUCAGGUCAUCAGGAGUGGUUUAGCAACUUUCCUGAUAUACUCACAAAUGUAACUGCUUUUGAUUAA